ACGAUCCACGGCCACACGAGCCCGGACUCGCCUCCCGGCAUGACCACCUCCAAGAGCUCCAAGUCGUCCUCGUUCCAUUCGCUAAAUAGCGACGAUGCCAGCGUCCUGGCCGACGUCGGCCACUUUGAAGACAUUGGUCUGAACGACGACGGUGUCACCCCAAAAGCUGCGUCGCACAAGGCUCGCGGGCCUCGAGACCUCGCCUCUGCCAAGCGGGCGCCGCGCGCGAAGCGGUCGUUUCCCAACCUCAACGGCGCUGCGGCGGGAUCGAAUCCGCGGAGCACGACUCUCUCGUCCCUAGCCGACCCGCGACCCGCGACUCUCACCAAGGGAUACUCGACAUCAUCCGUCCCCCAGGCUCGCCGCCACCGCAGCACCAGCCCGGGCCUGACGCCGGAUCCUCGCGAUCCAAGCCUCGCUGGUAGGCCGCGACGGGGCAGCUGGCAGGUCAGCCGCGACCGCAAGUCCAUCUCGGAGCUUGAGCAGGAAUGCGACGACGACGACGAUGACGACGACAUCCCCGACGGGCUGUUUCUCGAUAACGUGCCCAUUUCCCCGCGCCCACCAAGUGAGCGACCUGCCAGCCGGCCGGCGUCGAUAAAAUCCGUGUCGCCAUCGCCUGACCGCCGGCGCAACAAGCGAGUCCGUAGCGUUGGCAAUGGCACGCCUCCCGUCGCCCAAGCUCAGGGCUCAUUGCGAUCACCGAGCUGGAAAACCGACGGCGACAGGCUUCCACCGAGCCCCCUCAGAGGCAAAGCCCGCAGCUGGACUAUUGCGCUUGCGGAUCUAAAUGCCGAUACAAAAGACCUGGUGGAAAAGUUGGAGGAACACGCCGACGAGCUGCAUGAAAUCGAAGCCAAAAAACAUGGUGCACGACCCAAUACGUGGACCCCGAACCAGUCAGCAAAGGUAGAUUAUGACAAGAAGAAACUACGAGUCAAAUCGUCCUUUGCAGAGCUUCCGCCACUGCGCCGCUCCAACAUCAUGAUUGACCCGCUCCCCAUUUCCAAGGAAAAGGAGGCCGUACUGAGCCGCACUCGACCAUCAUGGCUGCCACCCAAGGAUCCCGCCGAAGAACGACGUCAUCUACGCGAGUAUCAGAAGAUGAUGGUAGCCAGUGUCAAGGCGGAGGAGCGCCGAGAAGCAGCGCGAAAGAACAAGGUUGACGCAAGGGACAACAAUGCGGACAAGGCCAUGCACAUCUGGGAGGAUGACAUUCUUCCUCGAUGGAACCAAGCUAUACGCGAGAAGAAUACGAGAGAACUAUGGUGGAAGGGAGUGGCGCCCCGCAGUCGGCGAUCCGUAUGGGCCAAGGCCAUUGGAAACGAGCUUGGCCUGACGGAAGCAUCUUUCCGAGCAGCCUUGACCCGAUCAGAAGAGCUGGAGCAGAGAGUCAAGACGGACAGGGGCGAUGCAGAGGACCUGAGGCGAGUCAAGUGGUUUGAGCAAAUCCGCAAAGAUGUCGCCGAGAAGACGUGGAGGGAGCUUCGUAUCUUCGAAGUGACUGGUCCGCUUCACCAGGGCCUGGUAGAUGUUCUGAGAGCAUAUGCCAUGUACAGGAACGAUAUCGGCUAUGUGUCGGGAUGUAACACCAUAGCCGCCCUGCUUUUACUUAAUCUACCAAACCCCGAAUCAACUUUUAUCGCUCUAGCCAACGUCCUUAACCGACCAUUACCCCUCUCAUUUUACACCUUUGAUCGCGGCGCGCAAGCAGCGGCAUUCAAUCUCGUGUAUGACACGCUCAAGAUCAAGUCCAACUCCCUAUACGAACACUUGACCAAGACGGUACAAGGCGUCCAGCUGGACCAGCACCUUGCCAACAUCUUCACCAACCUGUUUACCGCCCAUUUAGCCAUCGACGAGGCAGCAAGACUUUGGGAUGUUUACGUCUUUGAGGGUGACACACUCCUAGUUCGCGCAGCUGUUGCCAUUCUUCUCAGCCGAGAGAUGGAUUUGAUGGGAAGCAAGACGGCCGAAGAAGUCAAAGCUGUCUUGUCCAGGACCAGUGCAGGCGCCUCAUCGACACGAGCGUUGAGCGAAGUUGGCGCCGAGGAUCGAUUCAUGCAAAGCGUCCGCGAUGCCGGAAAGCACUAAACGAUCGCUUCAAUUUUUUUUCCUCUUAAUUCUCUCUUCAUAAAAGACAUAGCGAAGCAGUGGGCUUCUUCUUUUUUUUCCAUGUUAUUUUUUCAUAUCAACUCACUAUCUAGGGGCCUCACCUCCCCCCAGACAUAUUGAUGCCCACGAUAUUUUGGUCUGAUUCCCGGUGGUAAUGUAUAUCAAGAUAUAGAAACGGAGAUAAGGGUUGGCUACGUGAGGUUGGGCGUUGGUCAGGUUACACAUUUUGGGAGCCUUGGUUGAGCAACGCUGAGCACGUUUCUCUUUUAUUUGUUGCUUUUCUCUUCUUUCCCUCCUUUUUUGUUUUUUAUCAUUUCGAGACAGAAAAUUGGCGUGAAAUUACAUCGAAGAAGCUUAAGCAAGCAAGGGAUUUAUCAUAUGGGCAUGACUGGAGCUGGCCAAUCUUAAUCCUUAAAUUACUAGUGUCUAUUCAGUCUUGCUUUAGAGAAGCGGACAAAAUUGAAUGACUUUUGGUUUUCAUAGCGUGUUGCCUCUUUUUCACUCCCUCUGUCUGCUAGGUAGUUUACCUAAUCACAUGAGAUGAGACAUUC